AUGGCAUCUCUCGAAGCGCAAUACCAAGCCGGCACAGCCGAAUACUCGAAAUUACAAGCCGGUCAGUCGACCACCUCCAUAGGAACACGCUCUCAAUCGCGCAGCUCGUCGCGUACCGAUCCUCCCAACCUUCCCCUCGUUCGACUGGCUGAUCAAGUGCUUGCGCAUCCGUUCCAGACUACUCCAAAGCGGUCGCCCAUCGCCAAAGGCUGGACGCUCAACAAUCCGAAUCCCAAGCCGUACAAAAGGUGUGCGAGCAAACCCACGAGCUCACCUCUCGCUUCGACUGAACCCUUCCCCAUCUCAAACCCCAGGAAUUCGCGACUCUGACACCGGACAACUCGGUCUACAAGCUCGUCGGCCCCGUCUUGCUCAAACAGGACCCGACAGAGGCCAAGGCCAACGUCGAAAAGAGGUUGCAGUUCAUCAAUUCCGAGAUGUACGUUUCCGGGGCCAGUCUCUUCGGCCUAGAUCGAUUGCCCGGUCUGAUCGUUCGCAUCGUUUGGUCAUCAACUCAAACAGUGAACGCGUCGAAGGGAAUCUGAAGGAGCUCGACGCCAACUUGGACAAGAAGAAGAUGGAUCUCGUGCACAUCCAGACGCAGCUCAAACAGAAGCAAGAAACCCAGCAGCAGUUGCUCGCUGGCGGUGGAGCCGAAGUCAAGAGCAAAUCAUCAGCAGUGGCUGUAUAG